GCCGCAGACUGGUGGUGUGGUCUUGAAAUCAAAUGGCUUUGGCAAGCUUGGCCAGAAGAAAGGGUUACCUUCUUUCUAGAACCUUUUCCAACCAGACCUCUGAAGCUCUCAGGUACUCGCUUUCUCUUACCUCUUUCUCCAGGGGUUUUGCCUCUUCGGGAUCUGAUGAGAGCUUUGGCUUUGAAAGAAAUCCCCAAAAAACUCGUUGUCAUUGGAGCUGGAUACAUUGGCCUGGAGAUGGGUUCUGUAUGGGGCCGUCUUGGCUCUGAGAUAACUGUUGUUGAGUUUGCCUCAGAGAUUAUCCCCUCCAUGGAUGGAGAAAUUCGCAAACAAUUUCAGCGUUCGCUUGAGAAGCAAGGGAUGAAAUUUAAGCUUAACACUAAGGUUGUUGGAGUUGACACUUCUAGUAGUGGUGUGAAGCUGACACUCGAACCAGCAGCUGGGGGUGACCAGACCACUCUUGAUGCCGAUGUUGUUCUUGUAUCCGCCGGCAGAUCCCCAUUCACAUCUGGACUUGGUCUGGACAAGAUUGGAGUUGAAACUGACAAGGGAGGGAGAAUUCUAGUCAAUGAGAGAUUUGCAACAAAUGUGCCUGGUGUUUUUGCUAUUGGGGAUGUCAUUCCCGGGCCAAUGUUAGCCCACAAGGCAGAGGAGGAUGGAGUUGCUUGUGUAGAGUUCAUUGCUGGCAAGGUUGGUCAUGUGGACUACGACAAGGUCCCUGGUGUCGUUUACACUCACCCUGAGGUUGCAUCGGUGGGAAAGACCGAGGAGCAGGUGAAGGCACUUGGUGUUGAAUACCGUGUUGGAAAAUUCCCUUUCCUAGCUAAUAGCAGAGCCAAAGCAAUUGAUGAUGCUGAAGGACUUGUCAAGGUUUUGGCCGAGAAGGAAACUGACAAGAUUUUGGGAGUUCACAUUAUGGCCCCAAAUGCUGGAGAGCUCAUUCAUGAAGCGGCAAUAGCAUUGCAGUACGAUGCAUCUAGUGAAGACAUUGCUCGGGUGUGCCAUGCACAUCCAACGAUGAGCGAGGCAUUGAAGGAGGCUGCCAUGGCUACCUAUGACAAACCCAUUCACAUGUAGAUCUUAGAGAACUCAAUUACUUCUUUAUUCUUGUGAUUUUUGGAAAUGACUUGCCAAGACUUUCCACCACCAAGUUUCUUUCUCCCGUUAUUAUAUAGCUGCCAGAUCAAGUUCAAGUGCUUGAAUACAAAUUUGUUUUGUUAAUUUUCUCUUCGGCCAUGAUGAUCAGAUAACUUGGUAUGCUGUUUUUCAUCAAAGUGUUAAUAACUUGGUAUGUUGAGCUCUACUAAUUGGUCUGUGUAAGGUUUAUUAUAUUGGUUCACCUACAAUAUAUUUCUUAUAUUGAAUAAUACUUUUUUUAGGUA